UUCUGUGUAACUUUCAUUUGUUGUUUGUGACGGUUGGUGAUCUGAAUCGUCUGAUCUCUGAAACCUUGAGUGGUGUUACUUGCUGCCUUGGGUUCCCUGGCAGCUCAACUCUGACCUCUGAAAACUUGCAGCGAAUCUAAUUCCCUUCCCCCUUCUGCACUUCUUUAUGGUUGGAUUUGCACCUCUCACCUCACGUGGUUUUCAGCAGUAUCGGGCAUUGACUGUCCCUGAACUCACCCAGCAGAUGUGGGAUACCGAGAACAUGGGGUGUGCUGCUGAUCCAUGACAUGGUUGCUACCUCACGGCCUCAGCCAUGUUCAGGGGCAAGAUGAGUACCAAAGAAGUUGAUGACCAGAUGAUUAAUGUUCAGAACAAGAACUCUUCCUACUUUGUUGAGUGGACUCCAAAUAAUGUGAAGUCCAGUGUCUUUGAUAUUACUCCUAGGGGUCUCUCUAUGGCUUCAACCUUCAUUGGUAACUCAACCUCCAUCCAGGAGAUGUUCAGGCGUGUUAGUGAGCAGUUCACUGCCAUGUUCAGAAGAAAAGCUUUCUUGCACUGGUACACUGGGAAAGGAAUGGAUGAAAUGGAAUUCACUGAAGUUGAAAGCAACAUGAAUGAUCUUGUAUCUGAAUAUCAGCAGUACCGGGAUGCAACUGCUGAUGAGGAGUAUGAAUAAGAGGAUGAGGAGGAAGGUGUGGCCGAUGACAUUUAAGAGACAAAAAUAAAAGCCUUCAAUAUCCUGCUGCCCCAGAGAGGAAGGAGAAAUUUCAGCAUCCGUUUGGUUGCUCAUCCACUGCUUAGUGGAAGUGGAAAAUUGCAUAUUUUCCUUCUGGUUUAAGUAGUUAAAUAUUUGUAUUCGAGAUAUGUUAAAACUAGUCCCUUUUUUUUUUUUUCUAUCCUGCUUAUGUUUGAAUUCUAGCCUUUUUCCUGGGUUUUAUUCACUUUCUACUAAUGAAGUAGCAUUAUAAUA